AUGCUGGAAGAUUGGCAGGACUACAAGAAGGGUUUUGUGGUCCUGGACGGGUACUUGAGGCAUGAGUCACAUCACCGUGACUUCUUGGACGCAUGUAGGAAAUGGCUGCUAGCUGAUCGAGAGAAUCGACGGGUUGUAGUAGCGACAUCGAUGUCUCCUCGAGGAAAGAUAAACGAUGAAGCUGACAAUCGGGUGAAUCUCCAACAACACACCGUUGUAUCUUGGACGGAGAGUGAGUACCUGGAAGCAGUGGAAUGGGACGUUUUCUAUCAGCGUGUAGCAUGCAUGCUGGAGGAGGAUGAAAGUGCGGGGAGCAUUGGCUUGAAGACAUGGAAGAGGAACAGGUCUAGACGAGAGAAGAUCAAGCUGAAAUACUACCUGGCUGGCGGCUCAUGUCGGUACAUGUUCGAGACGCCCGCAUCAUUGGUGAAACCGAGGCUGGAUACGGCUUUGAGGUUGUGUUCAAACCUAGAAAUCAUCUUCAGUGGCAACAUGGGCGACUCAUCACCGCAGACUGUAAACCACUUGAUUGCGUGCUUCGAGUACAACGGGGAAUCGAACUGGAUGCCUGUCAGCAAGUAUGUCGCGACGAAGCUUGCAGAAGCGGUAGAACUAGACACGUUGACGAGGCUGUUCUCAAAGUACGGGGUACGCAAUCCGACUACAAGGGGCUUGCUUUUCGAGCUUUUCUUUUUCAAGAAGGUGCAGUACGGGCUGAGCCUUAGGUAUCGGGGAUCACAAGAGCUCACGCAAUGGGAGGGAUGUCCAGUCAUAACCUUUGAUGCAAAGGGAGGCAUGCGAACGCUUCCUGCAGAGAGAGCUUGCUUGAAGCCCGUCAACCCCCUUCAAGGAGGCUACGACGCUAUCAUAGUAGAGCCUCGUCGGAAGCAAGUAGAGUUUGUGCAGGUGACAGAGGCAGACGUCCACUCUUUCAAGCUGGCUUUCUUCGCAAAGGCUCUCACGGGGCUAGGCAUCCCAGCAGCUGGAUGGGAGGUGAGGGUGGUGUUCAUGGUGCUGCCAGAAAGGCUCGAGGACUUUCGGAUAGGCAAAAUCACGGGCUGCGGUGCGCUGGAGGAGUACGGAUGGAAGCGAGGGCACGAAGGGAGGAAGGCAGAGAUAGCGAGUAUUGAUAUCGGAGGCGUGUAG